CGACAGCGGCGCGGGGUCCCGGCCCGGAGCUCCGAGGGGAACCCGCCGCGCGGCUCCCGGACCGGACCGUGCGCCCGCUCUCCGCCGGCCCGAGAGCUCUCUAGCCGGCCCGCGCGCCCCAGCCUCGGCACCGAGUCCCGCGCGGGUGUGGACGCGGGACCCGCGGCCCCCAGCGCGGCCGGGACUCUCCGGCGGGCGGGCGGGCGGCCGGGGGCGCCGAGGUGUGGCCUGCGGGCGCGGGGCGGGCGCCCCGGAAGGGCGGCCAGUCUGUGCGGGGCUGAGGCGGGAUUCUCCGCACGGAGCGCGAGGAGAGCGGCGGAAGCUGCUGAGGAUGCGGCGGCGAGCGGGGCUCGGGCGGAGCGGCCUGGCCCCCCGCGUCUGAGCGCCCGCCGCCGGGACCGCCCGGGCGCCCGGGGCCGGCGAUGUGUGCCCCCCGCUGACCAGGCGGCGCGGGGAGCCCGGACCGGAGACUUCGGGCGGGAAUGCUGGCUCGGUGCUGAGUGACUUCGGGGAGAGCGAAGAAGCCCCAACAUGGAGGACUUUUCUACCAGGACCUACGGCACCAGCGGUCUGGACAACCGGCCGCUGUUCGGGGAGACGUCGGCCAGGGAUCGAAUCAUCAAUUUAGUUGUUGGCAUCUUAACAUCCUUAUUGAUUCUAGUAACGCUGAUCAGUGCUUUUGUUUUCCCUCAACCACCUCCCAAACCAUUGAAUAUAUUUUUUGCUGUCUGCAUCUCUUUGAGUACUAUUACUGCCUGCAUACUUAUCUACUGGUAUCGACAAGGAGACUUAGAACCGAAAUUUAGAAACCUAAUUUACUAUAUCUUAUUUUCUAUCACCAUGUUAUGUAUAUGUGCGAACCUGUACUUCCAUGAUGUGGGAAAGUGAGGCUGCCAAGGAGAAAAUACUUACCAGGUCUCUUCAAAGCUAUACAUUAGGACUGUGAAUAAAAGCUGGAUAAGGUAUGCUGAAGAAUCUCCUGCACAAGUCUGAUACAUGAUUUUCAUGUUAAUUGUAAAUCUAAAUCCCCUCUUGCAGGGGAGACAUUAUAUAGAUCACUUUGCUUUUUUAAGGAGCUGAUGUUGCACUUAAACAUUCCAACCCUUAAAGCUCAAACAGCACAAGUGAUUUUCACUUUUGAAAUUGAAAUUUUUUAUAAUGUAAUGGCAUGGCGAAAGGCUAUGUAACAAUCAAUCUUGCAUUUUAAGACAAAUAUUCUUUUAUUUCUGUUAAACUGAAUAUACAAUUAUUGUUCCCUAGGCAACCAACUCUUGCUUAAAACUACAAUUUGUUUUCACAUUAACAAAACAGAGACGGGUGAAAAGACAAUUUGAUUGUGAAGAUCUAAUUACAAUAAUAAAUAAAAUAAUUUAUACAAGGU